CCCUUAACGGAUAUCAUUCUGUUUGACGGAGUUGCAACCGCACAGUCACGAACGCGCAAGUAUAAAGAAAGUUAGAGAGUCUGAAGAAAUUUCCACAUCUACCGGUAUACCAUGUCUCCUACUACCUAUCUGUGCGCCUUUCUGGCAGCCGGCAUGAUGAUAGUCGGCGCGACUGCUGAUUCAGUGACGGACAAAAUUAAGGCGGAGAGUGCGAAAUAUGUCGAUCGCGGUCAAAAACACGACAUUGACGGCAUGCUCGAACUGUAUACCGACGACAUGGUUCUCAUGCCACAAGGACAUGGCACUGUUACCCAGGGCAAACCCUAUGCAAAGACACACAUGGCGUGGGUUAACCAUGUUAGGUCGAUAACCAUGGACACGAAGGAAGUGGCGCCACUGAAUAGCUGCUCGGGAGACAACUACGUCUUUCAGCGCUCGGAAACCGUGGCCAUCAACGACAAAGACGUGGUCAUCUUCAAAGGAAAGAAUUUGAUCAUUUGGAAGAAAGUCGGGGACAGUUACAAGAUUUACACCCAUAUGUACAACAUGGACCAGUGAGGUGUACCGGCUGCGAGACAUUCAACUUCGGCAUUUAAAGUCGACAAUUAAAAAUUGGCGUAGAUUUGAUUCAGAAGUAAAAUUGAGAUCUAGUGAAUUACUCGUAAAAUAAUGUUAGUGCAAUAACUUUUCGUCAUUCUAAUCUGUUACUUUAACAUGCCAGCAAAACCCCUGUGGAAAAUCCUAUAGGCCUAUCUGCCACUGUUCUGCACUUACAAGAAAUUAAAGGGACAUUACGGCCUGCAAUCCCCGAAAAUGUCAUGUUUUGCAUUGUUUACUUAUUCUAUUUCAAAGGCCUGGUUGAAAGGAAACAAACUUAAUGUCUUACCGUUCCCAGGAAAAGACGGGAAAAAAAACGUUGUUUACAUCGGACGCGGCGGACAUUUUGUGGCAUACUCAUACGUAUUUCUAGCUGUGUUUAUUGAAUGCACCGUACAUGCUGUGUGUGCCAUAUAAUACACACAUCACCAUACACAAUAAUAUGUUGUUUCUUACACGUCCGCAGAAUGCGAAACACUCUGAGGCAGGAUUCACAACUAGCACUCAACAGCUCGAUUUUUAAGAGUUAAUAUUUUGAUCCCUGAAAUUCGUUCUAGCAUGGUUCUCGCAAGAAUAACAAAAGAAAAACCGCCCAUUUUUUUUAAAGGAUGGUAGUGUGGACUUUAACAUCCUGUUUUUAAAAUGCUCUUUCUAAUUAACAUAGUUUCGUUGAAAACGCAUUUUGUAGCCCAAUUGGGUGCAUUUCAGGCCGUAACGUCCCUGUAAAACAAAUUUGGAAAAUGAAUUAAUUAUUGAAACAAGCGCGGUACGGGGGAUGACUUCUCACUUUCCAAAUUGCUGUCAUAUAUAUUAUAUAUAUAUCCAUCACAUUUUGAAAAUAAUUGGGUUUUAUUGGGCUUAAUUUGGCUACAUUUGGUUUUUUUUAUAAUGGCUAGAUUAGGC